AUGCACAGACGCUCGUCGGGCUCCCCUGUCGAGGACGAAGAUUCCUCGGUCUCCCGAACCCCAGACGACCAUGGCUCCAACGCCCUUGACGAGAAAUCGCGAUCCCAGAUAGCCCGGCGCGGCACCAGCUUUGACCUCCGUCGCGACGGCAGCGCGACACCGCGCUCCCGGAAUUCGAGCAUGUGGCGCACCCCGUCCUCCCAACCUUCCAACGAUACCAAGACCAUGCCAUUGGGCUCCCCUCGGCUCCCGAUGGAGACAUCCUCCCCGAAGGUCGUCGCUCGCGACAGUCCCGUCUGCGCAGUCCGUGGUCCUGCUCGAUCCUGA